UCUUUUUGAGGCACUGGAAAAGUGCAGAGCAUAAGUCAGUCCAGAGAGGAGCUAAUCUCGGUCGAAUCUCUUGGCUCACCCACUCUCUCCCCUCCUCUGGUGACUUAACUUUUUUCUCUUGGCGUCUCCUCUCAGUCGGCCUGGAUGCCGCCGCACGGCGCACAUGUGCGUGUGAGUUCCUCCUGCGGGAAAUCCUGUCACAGCCAACACCGGCCGGGAGCAUCUCCGAAACGGAAAACCAGAGGGCCGAGGUGAAACCACCAGCCAUCCUUGGGGCCACCACGCUAGAGCCAUGAAAUUCCACCACUUCCUUCUCCUGGCAGUGCUGAAUGGAGGCCUCGCAACCUAUCGGCCCAUAGAAGUGCUGCCUUGUGAAAUGAGACGAAUGGAUGCAUUUUGCCAAAACAGAAAUCUCCAGCUGAUUCCUUCACACCUUGACCCGAAGGUACAUAAAAUUUACCUCUCUGAGAAUAAGCUUCGAAACAUCACAGAAAGCCCCCUGAAGUUCUACACCUCCCUCCAACACUUGGACUUGAGUUCUAACCAUAUAGGUUUCAUGGAGCCUGGGAUCUUCUCCAACAUGAGGAGCUUGGAAGAGCUUAAUCUAGCCAACAACCAACUCUAUCGGGUGGCUCAGAGCAACCUGUGGAUCGGAUCGUUACCCCGCGUCAGAACGCUCAACUUGUCUCUCAACAGGCUGUACAGCGGAAUGGCAGAGCAUCUCCUACAUGACGCACCGUUCCUUCAGUAUCUUUCUCUGGCAGAGAACAGUAUUAUUGAAAUAUCUCGAAGGAUGUUCCAGGGCUCCGCAGGUUUGAUUGAGGUGAAUUUGCAGAACAACAUGAUCAUGGAGAUAGAAGAAGGAGCCUUUGAGAGCCUCCGGGGUCUUUCCAAGCUCAACCUCUCCAUGAACUCGCUCACCUGCGUGGCGGGCUUUAACCUCAAGCAGCUGCAAGUUCUUGACCUCAGCCGGAACAGCAUCGAGAGCUUCCAUUCCAUUGAUUCUGAGGAACAAUUCAACUUGACCUGGUUGGAUCUGAGUGAGAACAAGCUCCUUCGGUUCCCAGUUCUUCCUCGAGGGAACAAGCUGGCCUAUCUGAACCUAAGCAAAAAUAUAAUGCAGUUUGUUAUGGUGCAGUCCCCUGGAAGUGACGUGGAAUACGCCCGGGAGUACGAGCCUCUUUUCCUUUCGGAACAGGGUCAAAAUCGCAACGCAAGUCCUCCACACUUGCCUGAGCUGUUGCACUUGGACUUGAGUUAUAACGAGAUCGAUUCCCUCCCAACGGAGUUCUUUGCUUCCAUGGUGGCCCUUCAGUUUCUGAACCUCAGCAAAAAUUGCCUGAAGGCUUUUGUGGCCAGUUCUGAGCUGGUCUCCCUGGCCAUCCUGGACCUCAGCUCUAACUCUUUACAGAGUUUGGAACUAGGAAUGGACAACCUGGGCAAUUUGCAGAUGCUGUAUCUUCAAGACAACAGCCUCCAGCGCCUGGCCUCAGAUACCUUCGCCAGGCUGCCACGCCUUCAGCUGCUCAACCUCCGGAGUAACAGCCUACGUCUUUGUGGAUGGUUUUCAGGGUUAGCCAGACAAAGACUUGCGGCUGAUGAAGAAGGAUGCGUCUCCUUUGUUGACCUCCCUGAACUUCAGCGUCUGUACCUGUCGGACAACCGCUUGAGAAGACUUCCAGAGCAUGGCUUCUACAGAACGCAGCUUGUGGAGCUGGAUCUGUCCAUGAACUGGGGGCUUCACGUACAGGCAAAGUCCUUGUCCAGCUUAGAACUGUCUCUUGAAAAUUUGGAUUUGCAUGGCAAUGGCAUGACGACUCUCAAUGUCAACUUUUCCCUUUUCUCUCGUCUCCGACAUCUCAAUCUGUCGGACAACAGGCUCAGCUGGCUGCCUCCUUGGUCGGAAGACUGCUGUGUCUUGGAAGUUCUGGAUCUGCAGAACAAUAGCUUCAGCAGUCUGAAAAACAGCAAGAUCCUGACGUUGGAAAAAAAUCUACGGAACUUGUACCUGGCCGGAAACCCAUUGAGUUGCUGCGGAAAUAUUUGGCUCUCCCACAUGAUCCACAAAGCGACCGUGGAAAUCCCCAACUUAGAUCUCGUCACGUGCCAGCAUGCCAAGAGCUUCGGCUAUCAAGAGGAAGAGAUGAACGUCGUCAACAUCAGGCCGGAAGACUGUGAAAAAGAGGAUCUCAAGAAAAUCAGUGUGCUGAUUUUGAUCGCCGCGCUCCUGGUGCUCUCCCUGGUUGCGAUCGGAGUGGGUCUCUUUUGUUGCCACCGCAGACAGGUGUUUGGACGUCACUACAAGGCAUAGACGCCACAUGUGGCCGCCACGCAUGUCACGGGCACACCGACACCGCUCAGCAGCCUUCCAACAGAAUGACGCCUGGCGGAAUGUACGAAUGGAUGCCACGCAACAGGAUUCAAGGCAAAACAACCGUUGUUCUGUGGGUGUUGGAUUCAUGAUGACUUAUUCACACAUGGUCAUCUUUUGAGAACCAUACUUGUCAGAAAAGGAGGGCACAUUUGUUCUUCAAAGAUCCUCAGCUUAUGAAGACAAAGCCCGUAGGAUCUAUUCCGGUGUUCCCCAGACCUUGGGCACUGUGGUUUGCACUGAAGUUAAACCGAAGGUACAUUAUUUCCUCUUACACUAAAAAAAGGAAAGAAAAUAGCACCACAGUUUCUACUUCAGUCGUCUCCCUCAUCACUUAUGAGGGAUCCUCUGAAAUUGCUAUAGGAUGCCCUAAUUAAUGUGCAUCCUGGCUUCCAAAUUUCUCCUUUGCCAGGUCAGGCAGACUAGGUUGGGGUCUUCUUGAUGAGAAGGAAUUCUCGUCAAUCUUUCAUAGGAGUGAUGCAGAAUGCAUACAGUACUUUACUUCCCUAAUCUCAAUUACUCCUUGCCUUGAGGUUAUGUCACUUCCCAUAUUGCUUGUGAGAAGGAAUCAAACCUGCAUAGGUUUUCCACACUUAAGGCCCUGCUCCUUUUCUCGUGUGUUAAGGACUCUUUUGUUUUUUGUUUGCUUGCCCAUUUUUUUGAACCCCUAGAACAUUGCUUCCUGACCUGGGCUCCCCAGAUCUUCUCAGACAGAAACUGCCAGAAGCCCUCACCACUAGCUGUGCUGGCCAGGGUUUCAGGGACUCUUACACCAAGAAAUCUGGGACCCAAGCUUGGGAACCCUCAUCCUACAGGAUCCUGGGCCAGAAAAUUGCAUGUCCCAGACACCACAAAGUCACCUACACCUGAGCUAAGUUAGCAAUACACCUGAUUUAGGAGGUGAAAUCUUGCUGGUGCAUUCAAUCACACUGGCUUAACUUGACAAAGCAUAAUCCAGUUCCACACACCUCAAAUACAUAGGUAUGUCUUUCAGGAUAGUAUCUAGUUGUUUAGUUCCAGUUUAGUGAUCACCAGACCAAUCCUGUAGGCCAGAAGUAUGCUGUAUCAUUAGUUGUUCAGAAGGGAAGAGACCAACCAUCUCCCUUCGUCAUCCCCUUCUCCUGCCAGCAGUUGUUAAGUCAUGGCAUCCAAAAUGGGUCUAACACCCCAGGCACAUGACCAACGCCGAUGCCAGUGUGAUGCUGGCACAUUUUGAAGUGCAGGCCUUCAUCAGAACAAUCCCACAGCUGUACUCACAAGGAGCAUCCAAAAACGCAUCUAUUUGCAUUGAGCCACAUCAACAAACCAGCUCUACACUGGUUUAUUCCCACCAGGAGCGGGCCUACUGGAAAACUAUUGUAGACUAAGCCGCUUUAAGUGCAUUUUGACAGGGAUAACUCUAUAGACUGCUGGUGAAAUCUAUGGCUUCCCCCCUAGCUGCUUUGAGUACAGUAUUGCUAAUUUAGCUCAGAGGCAACUGGUAAGCUUCGAGGUGGUCAUGGCAGAGGACAUUGUUCUGUCUGUUAACCAAACAGUCACUGGUUCCACCAUAUCACUACAAAUACAACUUCAAAUAAGCACAAUGCAGAAAGCAAAGUAUACAGUUUUUCUUGCCAUGGAGAGAAGGGCCUGUGUCCGAAAAACAUAGAAACAGAGAUCAUGAAUUCCAGGUAAUCAAGGGAAAGCCUUUGAAUCCUAAGCCUGAAUCUGCCAAGCCUCAAAUCAGGAUUUUCCUGGUCCAUACGCAGACCUUUUAAGAAGACGUAGGUUGGACCAUAAAGAAAUGAGGGGCAGAACAAUCAGAGCAGGCGCCAAUCCCGAAGCUCCACAUGCCUGCCUAUAAACUAGACGUUCCCAACCAUGGGUCACCAGGUAUUCUUGGACUACAACUCCCAGAAGCUUUCACCCCUAGCUGUGCUUUCCAUGAUUUCUGGGAGAUGUAGUCCAAGAACAUCUGGAGAUGAACGAUUCUGCUAUGAACGAUUCCAGGCCCAGUCUGGGUGGUUGCCAUGGCAACUACCACAUUGAGGCCUUGUUUCUGUGGCUUUCUAGUAUUUCAGUGGGUUUGAUAAUAAGCUCCUUGUGCUAUCAUCCAGCCCCACUUCUUGGUGCUUCCUCAUCUGCCAUGUUUAGUCUCCAGACCUUUUUGGACUACAACAUCCAGAAUCCUCCAAACACUGUCUCAGCUUCCUUUGGACAAGCCACUACAGCUGGGAGGCUGGCCUGUGGUCUCACCCAAACCAGCCUUCAGAUGUAUCCUUGUUUUGGUGGGUCUAGUCUGGUGUCAUGUGGGAUUUGUUCUCACCGAGCAACAACAACUUGGCCAUGGUCUCUACCUUCUCAGGACUCAACCUUCUUCUCCAUAAUCUGUGAAGAUGGCCACCUCCCACUCACUACUAAUACCUCAAAAGCCUUGUGAACUACAUUGACUCAGUGCCUUGAUGGAAAUUUUUUGCACAUUCCUGGUGAUCUCUCCAAAUAAGGAUGGAAAGGUGUUUUUUUUUUUAAAAGGGGUUGAUUUAGUGCUACUACUUUGAAGCAAUUAAAUGGCAAACUCGUCUGAUUCCUAUUUGUCUAUCCGAGUUUUAUGCUGAGGAGACAUGAUGUCAACAUUUGACAUGAAGCGUAAAUGGUCUUGAGAGCUUCUUUAUCUUUGCAAAGAGACAGGCUGGGAUGUACACAAAACAGCUGUGUGAUUUUGUUUGUUUGUUUGCUUACGGUUUCACCAAAGCACAGCGAAUGCGCUGAGGGAACCGGACAAGUGUUCAGAAGAAUGGGGUGUAGACAAGCUUUCAGGUUCA